AUGGAAGUGUGUCACUCUACAGAGCAAUCCAAUGGCACUUCAUACAGCAUCGUGGCUGUGGCCAUCAUCACUCUGGAGGUGUUUGCUAGCCUGUGGAUAAAUGCUUUCAUUGUCGCUGUGCUUUGCAUUGCUUGGGUCAAAAAGAAAACCUUGAACUCCAGUGAGAAGAUUUUGCUGGUUCUGGGAUGCUGCAGGUUUUGGUUUUUGUGUAUCUCAUGGGUAUACUCCUUUCUCGCAAUAAUUUGUCCCGAAUACCUUUGUGUUCAUCCCAUAUUUCAAGUAGUUACAGCUACUCAAAAUUUUUUUAUUUUUUCUGACUUGUGGGUUUCUGCCAGUCUUUGUGGUUUUUAUUGCAUCAAAAUUGCCAAUUUCAGGAACAGCUUCUUCAUCUACCUGAAAGCAAAAAUUGACAGGAUUGUGCCAUGGCUCUUGUUGGGGUCAGUGGUUUUCUCCCUGUUUAUUGCCAUCCUUGCCUACGACACACUUGAUAAGGCUAUCUGUCAUAACCUCAAUUUCACUUGCAAAGGAAUCGCUUGGAAAGCAAGUAUCAGAAUGAAGGAACAUUUUUUCCCAGUUUUUUUUAUCACUGGCUUGGGAUUUUCCACUUCAUUUGUGGCAGUCACCUUUUCUGCCCUUCUCCUUCUCUUUUCCCUCUGGAGACACAAAUGCAUGAUGCAGACAAACUCCAUGAAGAAUCUCAGCAUGGAUGCCCACAUCAAAGCCAUGAAAUCUAUUCUCUCCUUCUUCAUAUUGUACAGCAUCAACUUUAUAUUUUUGAUCUUGACACUGAUUUAUGCAUUGAAUAGUCAAAAUAGCAUGACGUUUCUAAUUUUCAUAGUUCAGGAUGCUUUUCCAGGUGUUCAUUCCAUUACUCUCAUUUUUAGCAAUCCCAAAUUGGAAAAGACACUGCUAAGGAUUCUAUCCUGUGUGAAAUGCAAGGUUUGCAUAAAGAAGGAACUUCAACAAAAGCUGGAGCCCAUGCACAAUGUUGAUCUUUCACUAUAG